UUUGCCCUCACGCGAGGCUGGGCUGUUUCUUCUGCCGCAAACGGUAGCUAGGGUUUUUCUCUGGCCCUUUUCGCCCCGAUCCCCUCGCUAGGGUUUUGCUGAUUUCUCUACGCUUUGUCCCGCGAGGGCUUAGGAGAUCCAGAUCACUUGGUCGCCAUGGAAACAGCUCGCAAGAGGGGGAGGCUGGAUGCCACAAAUGGAGGUGCCGCUGGACCAAAGCGGCUAAAGGAAAUGGAGUCGUUCCAACAUGGUCUAGGAAGCAAAUCGAAGCCUUGCACCAAGUUUUUCAGCACUGCUGGUUGCCCUUUUGGUGAGGGUUGUCAUUUCCUGCACUAUGUUCCUGGUGGCAUCCAGGCGGUGGCACAGAUGACCAAUCUAGGCAACCCUGCUGUCCCUCCUUCAGUGAGAAACCCGAUGGUGCCUCCUGCCUUUUCUGAUGGCCCUCCUGGACCUGCUGUCAAGACCCGGCUAUGCAACAAAUACAACACUGCAGAGGGAUGCAAAUUUGGGGAGAAAUGCCACUUUGCCCAUGGGGAAAGGGAACUUGGCAAGCCCAUUAUACCAUCCCAGGAUGGCCCUAUUGCACCUCCAACUGGGGGAAGACUGGCAGGCCGCCUGGAACCUCCUCCACCUGCUGGCUUGCCAGCUGCGGCAAGCUUUGGUGCCUCGGCGACUGCCAAGAUCAGUGUUGAUGCUUCUCUUGCAGGUGCCAUCAUUGGGAAGGGCGGUGUGAAUACCAAGCAGAUUUGUCGAAUCACAGGGGUCAGGCUGGCCAUUCGAGAUCACGAGUCGGACCCCAACUUGAGGAACAUUGAACUGGAGGGUACCUUUGACCAAAUAAAAAAUGCUAGUGCUAUGGUUAGAGAAUUGAUCGUCAACAUUAGCUCUAUGACCUCUCUGCCUGUGAAGAACCCAGCUGUGGUGGCACCUGCUGGCUCUGGUAACAACUUCAAGACCAAGUUGUGUGAAAACUUUGCUAAGGGUGCGUGCACUUUUGGUGAUCGGUGCCACUUUGCUCACGGGGCAAGUGAGCUCCGCAAAGCUGCUGCAUGAGAAUGCUGCUGUGCCAACAUUUUCCUGAUAGGUUCGCCUUCCUUUUUCUUUGUGGAACUGGAUUUAGAGGCUCUUGUAAUGAUGGAUGAAAUUUAUGUGGAAUGACUAUUUCAGAGAUUUAAAGUCUCUUUCAUUUAGUAUGGCUGUGCUAAGAUGUUUAGUUCUAAGUCAAAAAUGCUUGGACCACUGAUCUUUUUAAAUCGGGUAUUCUUUGCCAUUAUAAGUGAUGGUUAGGCAGUGCAUGACC